AUGUCAUUAGCCAGAAGUAUACCAGGGCGUGGUUUUGUUGCAGUAAGCAGCUACUGUAGGCUAUUUUCUACUACGGGUCUUGCUUAUGCUCCAAAGAAGCAAGCUUCACAAGAUAACUCCAAGAAGAAAGAGGCAAAGAGAAUGGCCUUACUUCGUUUACAAGCAAAACAACCAGCCAACAAGUCUCCAUUAUACAUGACAAUCCCGGAAGCUCUAAGAUAUCUGAGGGCAGCAGAGGUAGGAUUUCCUAUCAAUGAAGCUGUAAUUUCCAUAUGUUCAGUCAUUGUGAACGAUAAAGGUGCUCCACCCAUAAAUGGUUCAGUAAAACUUCCUCGUCCUUUGAAAGAGACCAAAUUAGCAGUAUUCUCUGACGAUCCAGCAUUGCAGGAGGAAGCCACUAAAUUUGGAGCUUCUUUGGUUGGAGGAAGUGAACUGAUUGAAGACAUCAAGAAUGGGAAGGUCCAGUUGGAUUUUGAUAAAGCUUUUGCUACCCCCGACAUUGUGCCAUCUCUUAAUCAAAUUGCCCGUAUUUUAGGUCCUAGAGGCUUGAUGCCGAAUGCUAAAAGAGGAACGGUAAUCACAGAUGUGCAGAAGGCUGUUGUUGAAUCCCAUGGUAGCUUGCCAUUCAGGCAGCGCAACAACUUACUCAGUCUUCCUGUUGCUCGUACGAACUUCACAGACGAAGAGACUCUUGAGAAUAUCAUUGAGGCCAAUGCUGCUAUCAAGGAGAGCAUUUCCAGAAUUAGAACCAAGAAACCUAUUCUUUUUGGAGAAACCACCAUUACAUCUACCCACGGUCCUGGAAUAGUAAUUGACUUUUAG